AUGUAUGUAGUGCUUGAUGAACAGAGUAACAAAUCUCUGGCCAAGACAGAGUUUUUCAAUCUCUUCAACAUCAAUGACAACUCUGCUCCAUACACCAUGAAGACCUGUUCUGGGGUAACAGAGACUUCAGGCAGGAGAGCCGUCAACUUCAUGGUGGAGUCUAUAGACGGACACAUGCAGCUAUCUCUCCCUACUCUGAUAGAGUGUGAUAUGAUGCCAGACGAUAGGACGGAGAUUCCCUCCCCCGACAUUGCGUAUCAUCAUCCCCAUCUGCAACCAGUUAUGGACAAAAUUCCAGCUGUGGACCCAGACGCUCCCAUCCUCCUGCUCUUAGGACGAGACAUCUUAAGGGUACACAAGGUACGAGAGCAAAUCAAUGGGCCCCACGACACUCCUUAUGCACAGCGACUCGACCUCGGGUGGGUCAUCGUGGCUGUUGAGAUGUAUGAACUGAUCAGAGACGAAAUGGACAUUGAUGUAAAUGCGGCCAAGUUCUACACAGACAAGCCUCACACAGACGCAGAGAUUCGACCAGACGUCACUGUCUUCGCCUCUAAGGUUUCUGGAGCUCAACUCGGCUCUCAUCGCUUUGAGAGGUUCUCAAGCUGGAAAGCUCUCAAUCGAGCCACAGCACGACUCAUUCAUGUUGCCAGAUCCUUCCAUGAAGGUGCGGACAACACCAGCUGCAGAGGCUGGCAUGACUGUAAUAAACCAUGCGGUACAAGUGAGUUGUCACAAGCCAAAACAGCAAUCAUUCACUGUGUGCAACAUGAAGCCUUCAGAGAGGAAUUCAAAUGCCUUGAAAAAGGAAAAGAGUUCCCUAAACAAAGUACACUCAAAAAGCUGAACCCAGUGAUUGAUGAGGAUGGGUUGCUGAGGGUGGGAGGCCGCUUAUCCUCCGCCGACAUGUCACAAGACGAAAAACAUCCUCUCAUCAUCCCACGGACACAUCAUGUCGCCACCCUGCUGGUAAGACAUUAUCACGAGCAAGUGGCUCACCAGGGCCGUCAUUUUUCAGAUGGAGCUAUUCGAGCAGCAGGCUUCUGGAUUAUUGGGAGCAAACGUCUGGUCUCUGGUAUCAUUCACAAGUGUGUCACCUGCCGCAAGGUUAGAGGAAGGUUAGUUGACCAAAAGAUGGCUGACUUGCCUGCAGACAGACUCUCAUCUGAACCACCAUUCACCAGCGUUGGACUUGAUGUGUUUGGACCAUGGAAUGUCAUAACUCGUCGCACUAGAGGUGGUAGUGCAGACUCCAAGCGCUGGGCGGUGCUCUUUACAUGUAUGUCUACUAGAGCAGUCCAUAUCGAGCUCAUCGAAUCCAUGUCCACAUCCAGCUUCAUCAACGCGCUGAGGCGUUUUUUCUCUAUCCGUGGUCCAGCAAAAGUGCUACGCUCUGAUCGAGGUACAAACUUUAUAGGUGCCUGCAGGGAACUGGGUAUCGACACAAAUGACUCAGAACUGACUAAAUACCUCUCAGAUAAGGGAUGUACUUGGAUAUUUAAUCCUCCACACUCGUCUCAUAUGGGUGGUUCUUGGGAGAGACUCAUUGGGGUUGCCAGACGUAUCCUUGAUGCUAUGCUGUUUCAGACGGGCUCCACUCGUCUCACACAUGAGGUCUUGAGCACUCUUAUGUCUGAAGUUAUGGCAAUAAUCAAUGCGAGACCCCUAGUGUCAGUGUCAACCGACCCUGACAUGCCUGCCAUUCUCACACCCUCAAUGUUACUGACACAAAAGACCAGCGCUACCUCAGCCCCUUCUGGAUACUUCAGCAUGAACGACCUUCAUGGAAAACAGUGGAAGCAAGUCCAGUGUCUCGCUGACACCUUUUGGAAAAGGUGGAGACAGGAGUACCUGACAACGCUGCAGAGACGCAGAAAAUGGACAGCAGAAAAGCCAAAUGUAAAAGUGGGAGACGUUGUCUUAUUGAAAGACAGUCAGGCACACAGAAAUGACUGGCCAGUCGGGCUUGUGGUCAAAACCUUUCCCAGUACUGACAAAAAGGUUAGGAAAGUAGAACUAAAAAUUGUCAAGCAAGGAGCUGCUAAGGUGUUUCUGAGACCAAUCUCAGAGAUUGUUGUUCUUCUUUCUGAAGCAUCCUAGAGACAAAAGAUACAAAUAGAAAGGACAUUAUUUGUUUCUUGAUAUGUUUUAUUUCAUAGUGGCACAAUUUCAUUAUACCAGGCGGGGAGUGU